CUCCAUCAGUGUCUUGACCAUUUAAUUAUUGCUAUCGCUUUUCUCAUGUGGGAAUCUUUUCUCCGCAGCCAAGUGCCUUCUGCUGCCACUGCUGCUGCGCCUCUAUCUGAAACAAUGACUCUUCCACUACCUGAAGUCAAGUCUCUCGCAGACUGCGUCUCCUUCAACCAUGCCGUGCGACCAUUCCUGUCGCAAGUCGCUGCGCUCCCAGAACAGCUCCAACCUGCAAUCGCAGCAAAAGAUGUAAAUGCGCUCAAGGAAAUCUAUCUCGCGACCAACCCCUUUGCGACUGCGCUUGCUUUUACUAUCUUUAUUUCUGGCUUCUUUAUCAUUUUCUCCGAGAUCACCCGCAACUACUCCCAGGUCGAUCGCUUCUGGUCUAUUUUGCCUUCUAUAUUCAAUGUUCAUUUCGCUGUCUGGGCACGUCUUUCGGGUCUGCGAACUCUAAACUUGGAUACCAUUGCUGCAAUCUCUCUUAUCUGGACUGUACGCUUAACCUUCAACUACUGGCGCAGAGGCGGCUACAGCUAUGGUUCGGAAGAUUACCGCUGGUCUAUCGUCCGCUCCAGGGUGAACAACCGUUUCCUAUUCUUCCUCUUUAACGUCACAUUUAUCAGCGUGAUUCAGCCACUCCUGCUACUACUCCUUACAACCCCAACCUACAACUUUCUGCUCCUCGCGCGCCUUCCUGGCGGUGAAUCUUUCGAGCUUCCCGACCUGAUCUUCUCCCGCGUCGCAUUCUUUUUCAUUAUCCUCGAAUUCUUUGCCGACCAGCAACAAUGGAAGUUCCAAAAUGCCAAGACAGAAUACAAUAACUCUGCCCGCAUCCCGAGCACUCUCAAGGAUCAGUAUGACCCGGAAGACCUUGAGCGAGGCUUCGUUGUGAGCGGACUGUGGUCGCUCUCCCGGCACCCCAAUUUCGCCGCCGAGCAGGCCAUCUGGCUCACGUUGUACCUUUGGAACGCGUACCGUACGGAGCAAUACGCCCAGUGGACUGCUGCGGGUGUUAUCGGCCUCCUGCUCAUCUUCCAAGGCAGCGUCCGCCUUACUGAGGGAAUCAGCUCCAGCAAGUAUCCCGAAUACCGUGAAUAUCAAGCUCGCGUUGGAAGGUUCAUCCCACGUCUGUCCGUUGCGCCCAAGUACAAGGGCAGGAACAAGAAGAAGGCUGUGCAGUCUAACCCCAAGGACAAGAAAGAAGAGUAGAUGGGGAAACCCUCCCCUUGAGGUUUAGCCGUCUGCUUACUUCUGGAGUUCAAAAUUUCGGGCUGGUCUUUACUUCUUUCGAUCUGAUAGAGGUCACCCGUCGUCUUAUAUUUUUCAUCUAUCCUUUCCAGUUUAAUCUUAGGAUUGGAGUAGAUAUUGGGCCUGGGUUUCGUUUUGUGUCGCGUCUUGGAGAUUCCGUUUUUCAUUCACCGUUUACUAAUAGCUAUAUUCGUUUCUUACUUCUAGGCCACGGCCAAAUUGUACAGCCGAGUUUGAUUCAAUAGUACAUAUAAUUCUACCCACGUAUCAUUACUAUAAUGGAUUACGUCUUGGUCAGGAAAGAACUAGUGAAAAUCAACCAUAUAACUACCUACUAUACACUGGUAC